UUAAAGCUUUUGGGAAGCUUGCUCUUGAUGUUCAGCUUCAUGAGGGUCGCAACCUCAAGAAGACUUUAUAUGAAAAACUUGCUAGGAUAAUGAUGGACAACGUGGUAGAUCCGUACUUUCAAUUUGAAGUUUCUCAUCCAUCAAGUAGAGGUAGGAGCUCUAUACAGAGAUCUUCGAGCAAGGACAACGAGGAGAACCCCAAGUGGAAAGCAGAAGAAUUUUCUUUUCUUCUUGAUGAAGAGACAGGACCAGGUCAACUUGAAGUGACUCUUUGGGAUGCUAACUACAUAAGCGACAGUAAGAUGUCUGAUCCUGUUGUCAUCAACUUGAGUAGUCUUGAGAUUGGAACUGGAUUUAAGAAGCAGACAUUGAAGAUUUAUGGAUUAGGGGAAGUGGACAUCUCACUUCGACUUCGAAGAGAAGAGGAGACAGGGUUGGAGAACAUUGUAGAUGAAGAGGAGAGACUUAAGCAAUCACCUAUAGAUAAGGAAUUUUUCUCAACCGGCCCAAAGACUUGA